GACCGACGAUGAUUAGUCUGUACGUCGUCGUCAUCGUGUAUGGAUGAUUAUUCGUGGGUAUAUAGUCGCGUGAGGUUAUUCAUGUGUGUGAAGAGUGUUCGCCCGCCAACAAAAAAAAGGGAAAGGAAAUUGGAUAGGUGAAGAGAGGUUGGUUGGGAUGAACAAGUAAAAGGAAGAAAAUAUCAACGUUUAAACACACGCGCAAACAGCAUAACACAUACAGCACACAUAAAUAAAUUGAAAUGGCAUCAGCAGUCUCCUGUCGUGUAAUGUUCCUUACAAGAUGGUACGACGUUUCGACACGCGUUUUCACCGCCUCCUCGGCGUUAGUUACAUCACGUAAUUUCCAAAACGAAACCUGGUGCAAAAGAUGGUGGCAACUUUCUCAAAGGAACAUAUCGAUAACAGCGAGAUCGUUUGAGCCAAAUUUAAGUACGAUUCUUAUGAAGAGCAACACCCAAGCAUCGACUAUUAAAAAGGACACAAGGGAAAAAACAUCUACGACAUCCAUCACCGAACCAACCGCAAUACGCUUUUCCAACUAGCACACUUCUGAAGAUGUAAAAAAAACAAUUACUUACUUGUUUUUUUUUUAUUCUUUUCAAGAAUUAUC